UCCUGCCUGCAGUUCUAGAGUUUACUGUCAUGGACUCCAGCUCUGCGGUAAAUAACACUCAGCGGGAAGGUUAAAGGAGAGCCUGGACUUCUGAUGGACGGUUGGAGGCGUUUGGAGCUCUGGGAACUACAGCAAGAGAAGAAGCGACAGAACAAAACAAACUAACCUGCAAAGACCAGAGCUGCCUGAUCCUGUUUAGGUCAUCUGUUGACUAUAAGAUGUCUAUCAUGGAGCUGGUCAUCAGGAACUCCAGUCCACACAACCAGUUGGAGGUUUUCACACCAGUUUUUAACUCCAGCUGUCGCUUUAAUGAGGAGUUUAAAUACAUCCUGCUUCCUGUGUCCUACAGCCUGGUGUUUGUUGUUGGCUUCAUUCUCAACUCCAUGGCAUUGUGGAUGUUCAUAAGGAUGCGCCCGUGGAACCCCAGUACUGUGUACAUGUUCCAUCUUGCCUUGUCGGACUUCUUGUACGUGCUCUCACUGCCCACUCUGAUUUACUACUAUGCUAACCGCAGUGACUGGCCUUUUGGCGUCGCUCUAUGCAAAAUUGUUCGCUUCCUCUUCUAUGCCAACCUCUACUGCAGCAUCCUCUUCCUCACUUGCAUCAGUGUGCAUCGGUAUCUUGGCAUCUGCCACCCCAUCAAGGUGCUGACCAUGGUGAAGUCUCGCCACGCCCACCUGGUGUGUGGCUCGGUAUGGUUUGUUGUUACGGUUUGCCUGGUGCCUAACCUUAUCUUCGUCACCACCUCAAGGAGAGACAAUGACACACUGUGCCAUGACACGACCCGACAAGAUGCCUUUGAGCAGUACGUUGACUACAGUUCUGUAAUAAUGGUACUGCUGUUUGGCAUCCCGUUCGUAGUCAUUUUGGUGUGUUACUGUCUGAUGGCAAGGACCUUGUGUCAGCCCAGACGGGGAUUAUCCUCCAGCCAGCAGGCCACUGGCUCCCACCGAAAGUCCAUCAAACUCAUCAUUGUGGUGUUGAUAGUAUUCGCAGUGAGCUUCGUCCCAUUUCACGUCACACGGACACUAUACUACACCUCACGUGUGCUGAAUCUCAACUGUGAGUUCCUUAACAUUGUGAACUUUGCCUACAAAAUCACAAGGCCGCUGGCAAGCCUCAACAGUUGCAUCGAUCCCAUCCUGUACUUCCUAGCCGGAGAUCACUAUCGCUCCAAGUUAAUGUACAUUCUUUCAAGAAAAAGAAACAAGAAACACAACCAAAGUCAAGCAAACAGCAGUUUGGGUCUGGUCUGUAAGAACUUGACUCCUAAGGCCUGUGAAGAGGCUGAGUGAUAAUGAAGAAUUUCAGUAUUUACUGUAUAAAAAUAUAUUUUCUUGUGUCUUAACAUUUUUCUUGCGGAAUGGACAAUUACAGUUUUGUUAUAAAUAUAACUUUCAAUAAGUGCAUCGUAUGUUACAGAUUAUAUAUAUAUAUAUAUAUAUAUAUAUAUAUAU